CAUUCGAUUCCAAAAUGGCGCCGACAGUUCUCUCGUAGGUGAUUCUCCAGUGUUUUUCUACACAUUUCAGCCACUCGCGUGGAUUUAAUCGCUCGCCGUCGUCAAUCAUCAGUUCUGGUUGACUCAAAAUGACGGCAGGCCCGAGUCUGGUAGUGCCAAUAGUGCUCUGGGGCCGGAUAGCACCGACCCACUGCAUAUCAUGUAUUUAUUUAUCGAAAGAUCAGAAAACACUUGUCACUGGAUGCUACGAUGGGCAAAUCUGUCUGUGGCAGGUCGACCCAGACACCUUAAAGAUGACACCUAGAUGUCUGCUGGUUGGACACACAGCACCCAUAAUGUGUUUAAGUCGCGCCAGUGUCAUAAUGGAGCAGAACUACAUCGUAAGCAGCAGCGAGAGUGGAGAGAUGUGCACUUGGGACUUGGUUGACGGAAAGUGUCGUGAAGCUGUUAAAUUAAAUAAUAUCCACACACAGAUGCUUCCUUACGUCUCUGCUGGGGGAGAGGACGUUAGGUUAUUUUGUUCUGGGUAUUAUCCCGAAGUAUUGGUGAUGGAUCCGUUUAGCCUGGAAGUACUGUUCACCCUGAGUUCUCGUGUAAAUCCCGAUUGGAUCAGCGCACUGCACGUACUACGGCCGGCCCAACGGAAAGGUCGGUUCUACGUGCACACAAAUGACGUGGUUCUUGCUCUCACCACAACUGGGACAGUCAAAGUCUGGACGCUAUUGGGACAUGAGAAUCGUAAUAGUGAACCACUUUAUGAACACGAGAGCAAGCAGAUCAGGUGUCUCAAUGCUCUCGCCAUGACCUGCUGUCCUUAUAAUCAGAGGACUGUUCUCAUCGUUUGUUCAAAGUACUGGCAGAUAUUUGACGCCGGAGACUUCUCAGUCCUCUGUUCGGUGACAGCACGACCUGGCGAGCGAUGGAUGGCUGGUGAUUUUUUAGCUGCUGAUAGAGUCAUCGUGUGGAGCGACGAGGGACACGGAUACUUGUACAAAUUACCUUCAAACAAGCUGAAGGGCAAGGCUCUCAGCAGUAGUGUGGCAGACAACACGAACUUCCACCAACAAUCCACUGACAAUGAUCAACCAUCGUUGUACAGUAUUUUGACACAGCCAGGGGAUAAGCCACUGUCAUGUCCCCCCGCAAUGCGCCUAGUCACAGUUCAGCGUCAAAACAAGACUGUCAAGUACUUACUGCGAGGUGACAGCGAGGGUGUGGUGAUUUUGUGGUCAGUGCCAGAGGUGACUUCUCAGCAAUUGAGCCAGAUAACCCACAAUGCGAAAACGGAGUGCCCGACUCUGGCUCCCACUAUAAAGACGAGCCUUGAGACUGCUUGGGAGGAUAUGAAACCCCCACCUGUUGGAAUUCUGGAUCAGUUGGACUCUGGAGAUAAUCAUGGAAUCAAGUUGACGGCUUGCAUUUAUCUUCCACAACAGAGCAGACUGGUAGUUGGUCGCGAGGACGGAAGUAUCAUAAUCGUUCCGGCGACGCAAACAGUGAUGCUUCAGCUUCUCCAUGGAAAUCACCAACAGUACGAUGACUGGCCACCCCACCAGGUACUUGUGGGCCAUUCGGGUCGUGUGAAUUGCCUCCUGUACCCUCACAGUGCCGCCCCGCGUUACGACAAGGCCCACCUUGUAUCAGGGUCCGUUGACUUUGCAGUGUGCCUCUGGGACCUCUACGCUGGCACAUUGAUUCACAGAUUCUGCGUCCACGCCGGUGAGAUCACCCAGCUGAUGGUUCCCCCCGACAACUGUAGCCCCAGAAUCCAGAAGUGCGUGUGCAGUGUCGCUUCGGACCACUCGGUGACACUUCUCUCAUUGGCCGAACGAAAAUGCGUAGUCCUUGCUUCGAGACAUUUGUUUCCAGUUGUCACUAUCAAGUGGAGGCCUCUCGAUGAUUUCAUGAUCAUUGGAUGCUCUGAUGGGGCGGUUUACGUUUGGCAGAUGGAGACUGGACAUCUGGACAGGGUUCUUCAUGGAAUUAUUGCUGAGGAGGUAUUAUAUGCUUGUGAUGAAAACACUAUCGCAGCAUCUGGGGGCUCUGCGGCCGGUGGGGAACUAGGGCUGGCUAAUCCUGCUGUUCAUUUCUUCAGGGGUUUGAGGCACAGAAACUUAUCAGCAAUUCGCCACGCAACUCAACGAGGCCUCCAUCAGCUCCAGCAGCUUCACGGAGGGCAUGGAAGCGAUCAUGGUAAUCAGAUCAAGACCAAAGGAGCACCACUGAUGAUCCAAGGAUUCCGGAGCAACCCCAAAGAUCCAGAGAGCCACAUCAUGUUCUUCGACAUUGAGGCCUUAAUAGUACAAUUAUUGAGUGACGAGUAUGGUGCCAUGUCUCCUGGAUCACUGGAGGCACAGGGGUUGAUAUCUGCCUCUGAAUAUCAAAAAGUAGCAGCAUUGACCCAGUCAGCAAGUCCCGAUGCCCAUAAAAAAAUUGCAGACUUUUUCGGUCGUGUUAAGGAUAAAGCUGGAGAUAUGGAGAGAAUCCUCAAGGAGAAAGAUCGGCACGGUAUUUUGGCAAAAAUGAAGGAGGGUGCCGAGAAUGUUCACACUAAAUUGCAGGCUAAGGUCGAGAGCGUUGGCCUUAAACCGUCAACACUCGAUGGUGAAGGCUGGAACAACAGCGACAGCUCCAGAAACCCCUUGAAGAGGAGUGGAACGUUCAGCGAACCCAACAUCACCAUGGAGAUCGCGCAAGUAUUACUGAGUCUUCUACACGCCUGGGGCAUGGAUCCAGAUCUUGACAGAGUCUGUGAGGGUAAACUAGGACUCUUGAGACCUAUGGUUCCAGUGUCCUUUGGAGUUUUGUCUAAAGGAGGAUAUAUGUCUCUCCUCCUGCCAACCUGGCAGACCCACCUGGAGCCAGCAGGUGAGCCGGCCACAAAACUGGAGCAGCGUCUCCCCGCAGAGUUGGUCCACCAGGACCGACUAACCAAGGCCUUCACAGCGCGUGCUCACUGGGAACUCUCAACGACCCUCACCAGUAAUCAUCUCCUCGCAGUAGUCGCCCUUGCCAACACUCUCAUGUCCAUGAAUAACGCUACCUUUGUUCCGGAGCAAGAACGCAAUCGUAAAAUGCAUCGACCUGGAAAUCGCGCUGGAGUCAACUGGAAUAAAGCUGAGGAAGAGAAUGAGGAGAUGUUCACGGUGCAACAGGCGCAGAUAAAACAAGGUUGGAGCCUCUUGGCGACGCUUCACUGCGUCCUCCUGCCAGAUAAAGUGACUGCCAUGGGCGGUUCCAAGACAUUCAAGCGUCUUCAAGUAGAGAUGAUGGCGAGGAGAUGGCAGCAUCAGUGUCUUGAGGUGCGGGAGGCAGCUCAAGCACUUCUAUUGGCUGAACUCGGAAGAAUGGGACCAAAGGGAAGGAAAACCCUGGUGGACAGCUGGUCUCAGUACCUGCCGAUGUAUAGCACACAGGAGUCGAUAGUCCCCCAGCCCCAAAAUCACUCACCCCCUUCAGGCAGUCCUACUCCAGUAGUGGAGGCCCAUCCCGAGGAGGAGGAUGAGGAGGAGGAGCUGGCAGAGGAAAUGUGUGCAACGAGAAAGCCAUCGAGUGCUGCAGAACUCAAGAGAAAACAGACGACGGCUGUUGUUCUUCUCGGAGUCAUUGGUGCUGAAUUCGGGCAGGAUGUUGCUGCUAAUAAUCACAAACGCGAUAAUGAUCAAAGAAGAAAGAGCUCGGUGGUAGAGGGCUUUGGUAUUGGGAACAAUAAUCUCGCGAGAUUGACCAGCAUGGCUCUGAUGCAUCUCCUUCAUGCUCCAUCAUCAGCCAAGCUCCCUCUCCACACUUCCCUGAGAAGAGCUGCCAUUGAUCUCAUUGGAAGGGGCUUCACUGUCUGGGAACCGUAUCUCGAUGUCUCCAAGGUACUACUGGGGCUUCUGGAGAUGUGUUGCGAUGCUGAUAAGCUCGUUCCCAGCAUGACUUAUGGACUUCCACUGACUCCAGCUGCUGACACAUGCAGAACUUCGAGGCAUGCCCUGACACUUAUUGCUACGGCUAGGCCUGCAGCCUUCAUUACCACCAUGGCCAGGGAGGUAGCGAGAUUUAAUACACUUCAGCAAAAUGCCCAAACUCUUAACGUUAAUUUAGGGGCGAGUGUUCUUGCAAGGGCUAAACCAGAAAUUCUGAGGAUUGUUGAACAGCUCAUUGAUAAAAUGCAAAGCGAAAUGAGCGAACUGCUGGUUGAGGUAAUGGAUAUCAUUCUGCACUGUCUUGAUCCAGGUCAUUUGAAGACAAAGCCACUCAACGAGGUUUUCCCAGCUGUAUGUAGAUUCAAUCAGGUCAGUCAUUGCUCAGCAACGAGGAGAAUUGCUGUUGGCAGCAGAAGUGGACAGUUGGCACUGUAUGAACUCCGGGGGACUGUCAAAUGCCAGACUGUCUCGGCACAUCAAGCCCCAGUUACUGCCUGUGCUUUUUCACCAGAGGGAAAAUUCUUAGUCAGUUAUUCAUGCACGGAAAACAAAUUAUGCUUCUGGCAGCAAACAAGCAGUGGAAUGUUCGGCCUAGGAAAUUCCCAGACUCGUUGUGUAAAGUCAUACAGUACAGCACCAAUAAACGACGUAGCGAGGUUGAAUCCGAUGCGGCUGGCCCGUUUAAUCUGGAUCAACAAUCGUACCGUCACCCUCAUGUUGGCUGAUGGCUCGGAAACACGUUUCAACGUCUAAAUAAGUAAUUAAUAAAUAAAUCGACCAGGAGAAUAAACGAGAAGAGAAAUAUUCUUUACAAAAGAUUCUAUUUCUCAAUUGCUAGUUCAAUUUGUUUCUCUCGUCGGCUGACUGGGCGAAUGCAGGAUAGCAAAGGUAAAUUAAUGAACUCACUAGUGAAUUUUUUUUUUAAUGAGAUAUUAAAUGCUGAAAGUAAAUACCAAAUAUACGCAGUAAUGUAUAUAAAAUGUUACGGACGACAGUUCGCUGGCAUCGAAGGACACAUCACGUGGAUUUCAAUUAUUGAAAUUUUGUUAGUUUUCUCCCACUCAUUGUUCAGUUCGUCAUUUCAAUUUUUAAGUAAGAUUGUUAUUUAUUUGCAGUAUGUAUCACAGGUUGCGUGGAUUCUACGUUGAAUGAAGUGUAAAAAUUUAAUGAGCGGGCUGUUAACAGUUCAAAGCAUCAAUAAACUAAUCCUGUAAAUUAAUUAUGCGAAAAGAUAGACAAAUCAUUGAUUUGAGGCAUUCGUAAUUGGGCAUCUGCUCUAGUAAUACAUGAAAAUGAAAAUAUUUUUCAAUAAAUCGAUGGUUUCCAAUGAGAAUUAUGAAUACUAAAUUGUUAAUUGAUUUCCAGAAAAGAUGUUUAAAGACUGUUAAUUUUCUUCUGCAAUCGCUUGCUCUCGUGUUGAAUAGGAGAAUUUUUGAAAAUUCAAUUAAAUUUUUCAUUUUAUUCAAUCGGGAAAUUGUGAAACCACUGAAGUUAUUUAUACGGAGUCAAUGAAAAACCUAAACCACCGACAAUAAGAGGAAGGACUAAAGUACCCUGUAAUAUAAUUAUUCUGUUAAUAUUUAAAAACCGAAAGGCUAAUUUACGUCGGUAAUGUGUGAUUACUCCCUCAUGUACACCAGCUAAAGUCCUAAAGUAUUAUACCCCACGUGUCUGUGUAAAACAUUGAAUUAUUGUUAUGAGUAUGGAAAAUGUUAUAUAAUUGUACUUGUCCUGUUACCAGGCGACACUUUCCGGUUUUUGAUAAUUAGUGGCUCGUCGAUAGUGCCAUUAUGCAAUCAAUUAUUCCUUGUCCAAUUGGAUAAAUAAUGAUUCGAUUUUUUUAUGUUGAGCAUUCAAUUGGGCAGAUUUUUCUGUGAUUCUAGAGCACAGUAUCAAGACUUGCUCAUUCAUCAGAACAUUUUCCGAAAAUUGGUAUCCAUAAUUCAGGAAAAAGAGAUUAUUUAUACAAUUUUAGCGAUAUAGGUAAAGUCUUUACUCAGAUAACGUCGACGGGCCAUUGAUUCAAUCGCACUUCACUAAGAUUUAUUCUAUAUUCACAUUGAUAGACACGUUGAGAAUCAUCAAGGGUUGUUUUGCAAUUACUAGAUCAUUUUUAAUGUCAAGGAACACAACCCUCGGAUUAACUAUCUAAAAAAUUCGUUAGCAGACUAUUUCUCCACUUUCAAAUGGUCAGUGAAUUGAUGUACAAUUGAUCGAACUGUGAAAAAAACACGCUUCUAUGCAAUUACACUUUUUCAUUGUUAAUGAUUAUUAUAAUGAUGAGACAAAUGUAUUUAAUGUAUUGAUUAUUAAUAAUGUAAUGUCCAUGAAAUAUAUUAUAAUAUAUAAGAAGU